CUUGUGCAUGGUUAUGUUAUUUGUUGUUUCAGGUAGUUUCUCUUCUAUCUUACGUCAGGGCUGUGCGAUGAUUAGUGGAACAGACUUUUAUGUGGGAACCAACUCCAUAUUUCACCUUCUCUGUUGUUUAAACAUUAGCCAAUAACUAUUAAGUUAUUGAUGGAUGUUUAUUUAGUUCAAAAGAGACUAUGAUGACACCAACAACAACAGCAGAAACAGUAACAGAAAAUAGUACCGCCAGCCACAACCCCAGUUUUGUGAUAUCGCCUGUUGAUGUUUUACGAACUGUUGAUCAAAACAAAAGUCAAUGCUCUUCUCUUUCGGAUGCUGAAAAUUACGAAUGGGCAGGAGAGAAUACUGACGUAGAUCCAGAUACUAGCGCCAGUGUUAAUGGAAAUAACAACGCUCUUCAACCUACAAGUCCCCCUAACGGAAUAAAUAGAAAUUCUUGGUUAAGGACAAGUCUACGAAGGUCACCAAACCAUCAGGAUAAUCUGAACUCUAGGAGAUGGGGAUCUUUCAGACAAAGCGGGAGGCGUCAACAGUUAGGAUCCAACGCACUAGCAAGUCAGUUGUACCGAAGUUCAAGUUUUAAUUCAUCGGGAAGAAGCAGCACUUGUGAUACCACCGAUGAUAUGUACUCUGAUGCGUCCCUCGAGGAAGACGUCCACGAUUUACACCACAAGUUUCAGGUACUUCAACAACAAGUAGGAGUUUUACAAGACUCUGCAAACCAAAAUGAUGAAAGGUACACCAGAGCUAAAGCGGACAAUGCUGCUCUUCAGGCGAGAGUUCUUAUGUUAGAAGAGCAGCUACGUGAUACUGAAAUACGAUAUGAAGAGAAAUUACAG